AUGUCGUCCAUGCCGAGGAGCGUGGCCCUGCUGGGCGUGGGCGCAGCCCUGACGAUGGCAUGCACCGCCUUCGUGGCCCCCAGCGGACAAGGCCGGCUCCGCGCCGCACGCACGCAGCCGCAGGUGGACUUCGGCACCUCCACGUCCUCCGCAGGCAGCACCGGGCUGUGGACCGCCUGCUCCAUGGGUGGUGCUCUGCUUGCCGUCGGUGCGGCCGUGACCAGACGGGCAGCAAAGGCCCCUGUGGAGGUCGUGGCCGAGGCCAUCCCCCGACCCGAGGACCUGCUGGACUCGCCCAAGUUCCCCAUGUUCGAGGGCUCCACUGGUGGCUACAUGUCCCGCUCCACCCGC